AUGGCCCAGGCGGAGAAAACUCCUAUUUGUGGGCAACACGCACAAAUUCAAACUUUUUGGUUUAUCAACUACUAUCUCGCCGCCGACGACGGGCGACCUGACGACGUAGUAUCCACCCCAGCUCGAGGAGCACAAGAUAUCGGAACGGCUGUCGAUUAUAUUGCCACUCUCGACCCUCGCCUCUUUGAUGAGGACGACAACGCCGAGGACCUAUCCUACAAGAAUAUCGUCGAUUUUCUGCUUACACGGGAGGCGAGCCCGGCGCAGGCUGCGGCAAGGAUCGACGAGUGGGUGGUUGGAGAAACUAACAGGAGCUAUGAACUUGAAUCAAAUGAGCCCUAUUUCGGGAGAAAACUCACCCUAUGGCCUUUUGGCACCCCAUCAGUCGAGUAUUUGGCGCAAAAUUUCCAGCGUGAAGCCGAGGAAUUCGCCUAUCCCUUCUCCGAAGUCGAAACGCCGGGGAGCGAGUUCCAACUACGCUGGAAGAAUCUCCAGGGCUUCAUCUCACGACUCACGUCUCUCGAUUUGAUCGACUGCGGCAUGGCAAGCGCCCUGGAAUACAUUCUGCCUGCCCAUCACGCAUACUCUGACAUCGAUAAGCGCCCCCAGGGCGGGCCAAAGAGAAUUGAAGCUGAUCUCAUCGCCGCAGCGCAAUGGAUUGAGCCAGACCAGCCUCCUCAGUGGGUAUACAACCAAUGCAGGACUACUGCUGGGACUCGCAAAAUAUGGGGCAUGCAUAAUUGGAAUCUUUUCAAGGAAGAGCUGUCAUUUUUCGGCACAGACGAGCGAUUCUCGCAGGAGACUCGACGCCUGGCGGAAUCGCUGCGGCAGAAGAUGGAAACGCAGGGGUAG